CCGAAGACCAGAGGUGAACCAUGUCCAGUGUCCAUCAAGGAUAUCAAGUGAGGUUCUCGCCAAAUCCGGGAUCAAUCUUUGGCUACAAGGUUCCGGCAAACUUGCGGGUUUUUUGCUCAGUUUUUUAUCCUUUUCGCUCGCAGAAACUGGCAAAAGGUGCGUCUUUUCUUGGUAUCAACGGCGUUCUAGUCCGCGAUUUCAUGCCGUAAUUCUCACAAAGAAAUAGGUUUUCAGAUCUCAGAGUGCCGUCUGCCUUCGAUCCCAGAACAAAGAACGUUUCUUUUCUGUAAACGAUUGAGCUAGAAAUGAGGUCACUUUGAGGAGAAGAGAUUUUUUUUCUGGAAUAUUGUGGAAGAAACGUCUUUCGUUGAUGCUUGUUCACCGGAAGGUGGGCUUGUCGGAUAGGAAAAAUGAUACAGCUGUUGUUCCUGGUGCUCUUCGCGGAGGGGGCGGUGGCACUGAUACUGAUAUGGAAGGUUGGGCCGCUCCGGGAGCUGGCGAUGAGGGGGUUGGACCAGCUGAAGACGGGGAAGGGGCCUGCGACCGUGAAGACGCUGGCAUGCACAAUGUCGGUGAUCUUGGCAUCGAGCGUGGCCAGCAUCCUCAAGAUCCAGAACAGGGGCGCCAAGCUUGGAACCGUCACUCCAAUGGAUCAAGUCCUGUGGAGGACCCACCUACUCGAAGCCUCGCUCAUAGGCUACACCCUUUUUCUUGCUUUAGUGAUUGAUCGGUUGCACCACUACCUCAGGAAGCUGGUCAGUUUGAAAACAACAGUUGGUACAUCUCGAGAGGAAGUUGAUAAUCUUAAGAAAGAGCAGCAAAGCUUUAAAGAGAAGGAAAAGACAUCUCUAAGUGAGAGAAAAAAGCUCCAUGAAGAAGUGACACGCUUAAAAGAGAGGCUGCAGACGUUAAAGUUAGAUUCAGAGGAGCAUGAAAAACGAGCGCAGACUGCCGAAGCCCAUGUUGCCGCCCUCCAAAAACAAUCUGAAGAACUACUACUUGAGUACGACCAUCUGUUGGAGGACAACCAAAUCCUUCAGACUCGGGCUCUAGCAUUCAGAAAUUGAGUCUCAUGUGACCUCAUGCUGAGAAGCUUCUUUUCUUUCUCUGCCACUAACAUGAGCUUACUGUUAAUCACAUACAACCUGCCUGGAUGUCAUUGUUUGAAAAUCUUGAUUCGUGCCCUCAGUAUCAUCUAUCUUCUUUCUUUCUUUAUUUCUUUCUUUUUUUUCUUUUCUCUGGAGCAAAGGGAGAUAAGCCGCCUGAUGUAGACUAUAUUGCAGAAUCUACAUUUAUAUCAUUGAUAUCAGCAUCAGUUUCUUGGAGAAAGUUGCUAGCAUUGUAAUAAAUUUUCAUCUAGACCGAAAGGCAUCACUUUAAAAUUCCUUUGGCUCCUAGUUGUGGGUACAUAAGCCUUGAUGAUUUCUUUCACUAUUAUAAUGACAUCAGGACUGCACAUUAUCUCUAAA